AUGUGUGCACAGAAGGAAGACGUGGAAAACUUCCUGAAGGGAAACCCUUCAUUUGCUAAACAGUACUUUGCUAAGAAGAUGAGCCCUGCCUCCAUAUCGAAGGCGUCAGGACUCCCAGACACACAGAUUGACUUCAGCCAGUUCCAGGAGCUCGCUCAGGUUGAAGAAAGCAAAGUCAUGUAUGACCUGAUCAAAGACAUGCAGGAGAACAUCAACGUGGAAAAGGUUGUGUUCAAGAUCCUGAAGAGAGUCACUGCGCUCAUCCACGCCGACCGCUGCAGCUUGUUCAUGUACCGGCAGAGGAACGGCAUCGGGGAGCUGGCCACAAGGCUCUUCAAUGUCAGCACAGAGGCACAGUUUGAUGACUGUGUGGUGCCACCAGACUCUGAGAUCGUCUAUCCGCUGGACAUGGGAAUAAUCGGACAUGUGGCCCUGACCAAGAAGACUGUUAAUGUGAAAGAUGUCACAGAGAGCCCGCACUUCAGCUCAUUUGUCGACGACCUCACAGAAUAUAAGACCCAGACCAUUCUGGCUUCGCCCAUCCUCAACGGCAAAGACUUGGUGGCUGUGAUCAUGGUUCUAAACAAGACCACUGGACCACACUUCACUGCUGAGGAUGAAGAUCUUUUUUCAAAGUUAAUGAAAAUUGCAACUUUGAACUUGAAGAUCUACCACCUCAGUUACCUCCACAACUGUGAGACUCGUAAAGGACAGCUGCUGCUGUGGUCUGCCAACAAGGUGUUUGAAGAGCUGACAGACAUUGAGCGACAGUUUCACAAGGCCUUGUACACAGUCCGAGCCUACCUCAACUGCGACCGCUACUCUGUCGGUUUACUUGACAUGACGAAGGAGAAGGAGUUCUUUGAUAUCUGGCCUGUGUUGAUGGGGGAGCAGGCCCCAUACUCUGGUCCUGUCACUCCUGAUGGCAGGGAGAUCAUUUUCUACAAAGUCAUUGACUAUAUACUACACGGAAAAGAAGACAUCAAAGUAAUACCAAAUCCGACUCCAGAUCAUUGGGCUUUGAUUAGCGGCCUGCCUACUUAUGUUGCUGAGAGCGGUUUUAUUUGUAACAUUAUGAAUACAGCUGCUGACGAGAUGUUCAAGUUUCAAACUGAGCCACUCGACAGCAGUGGUUGGACCAUAAAAAAUGUCCUCUCGCUGCCGAUCGUCAACAAAAAAGAAGAGAUAGUUGGUGUGGCCACUUUUUACAACAGAAAAGACGGAAAGCCUUUUGAUGAUCAGGAUGAACAGCUCAUGGAGGCUUUGACCCAGUUCCUGGGCUGGUCUGUUUUAAACCCGGACACUUACGACAAGAUGAACAAGCUGGAGAAUAGGAAAGACAUCGCUCAAGACAUGGUGCUCUACCACAUCAAAUGCCGGGAUGAUGAGAUUCAGGAUAUCCUGAACACCAGAGAAGUGUACGGCCGUGAACCCAGAGACUGUGAAGAGGAGGAGCUCCUGGAUAUCCUGAAAAAAGACCUGCCUCCUCUCAUAAAAAAGUUUGAGAUCUACGAGUUCCACUUUUCGGAUUUUAACUGCACAGAGAUGGAGCUGGUGAAGUGCGGGGUGCAGAUGUACUACGAGGUCGGGGUGGUCAAGAAGUUCCAGGUCCCUCAAGAGGCGCUGGUUCGGUUCAUGUACUCGCUCAGUAAAGGCUACAGAAAAAUCACCUACCACAACUGGCGUCACGGCUUCAAUGUGGGCCAGACCAUGUUUACACUCUUAACGACGGGAUUGCUAAAGCGGUACUACACUGACUUGGAGGUGAUGGCCAUGAUAACGGCAGGCUUCCUCCAUGAUCUUGAUCACAGAGGGACCAACAACUUGUACCAAGUCAAAUCUGGCAACCCUAUGGCUAAGCUCCAUGGCUCCUCCAUCCUGGAACGACACCAUCUAGAGAUGGGAAAGUUUCUCUUGGCUGACGAGUCACUGAAUAUCUACCAGAACCUUAACAGGCGCCAGGUUGAGCAUGUGAUUCAUCUAACAGACAUCGCCAUCAUCGCCACUGACCUGGCUCUUUAUUUCAAGAAAAGAACAAUGUUUCAGAAGAUUGUGGAUCUUUCCCACACAUACGAGGAUGAAAAGAAGUGGGUCGACUUCAUGUCCCUUGAAACAACCAGAAAAGAAAUUGUCAUGGCAAUGAUGAUGACCGCAUGUGACUUGUCAGCCAUCGCCAAGCCUUGGGAGGUACAGAGCAGGGUUGCCUUGUCUGUAGCAGCAGAGUUUUGGGAGCAGGGUGACUUGGAGAGGACAGUCCUUGAGCAGCAACCUAUUCCCAUGAUGGACAGGAACAAGUCAGCAGACCUUCCAAAGAUGCAGUGUGGCUUCAUUGACUUUGUCUGCACUUUUGUCUAUAAGGAGUUUUACCGCUUCCACCCACAAAUCAAGCCCAUGCUGGACGGCAUCCUGAAUAACAGGAAGGAGUGGAAUGCUAGAAAAGAGGUGUAUGAGGCAUCACUCAAAGCCAUAGAGGACGAGAAGGCAGCUAAAGAGACCAGUAAAGCUCCUCAAAACCCCAGUGGAGGCUCCAAGACUUGCUCAAUGUGCUAAAAGGUCGGAAAGCUUCUCACGCGAUGGGAAGGCACACGGGCAACCUAUGACAGACUGACUUCAGUCUUACUGACCAGGAAAACAUGAA